AGCUUACAAGCAUCCCAAAAGUUUGCUCUUCCUCAUCACUUCGCGAUCCGGACCAGGACGAGGAGCACCCUUCAGAAAUGGCCGACCUCAAGUCCUUCGAAGUGGAAACUGCCACAGAGCAUUUCGAAAUCUACGACAUGCUGGGCGAAGGCAAGAUCGACUGCGUCGACCUGGGUGCUCUCCUCCGAUCUCUCGACCUGCGCCCUACCAACGCCAUCGUCGAGAAGAAUGGCGGAACCGCCAAGAGGGGCGAAAAGAAGAUGACACUCGAGGAGUUCCUUCCAAUCUACAGCCAAGUGAAGAAGGACAAGGACGUCGGAACCUACGCUGACUUCAUGGAGGGUCUUAAAGUUUACGAUAAGGCUGAGAACGGACAGAUGAUGGCUGCUGAGCUUUCACACGUGCUUCUUUCAUUGGGUGAGAGGCUGACCAACGACGAGGCUGAUGAGAUCUUGAAGGCCUGCGCGGGCCAGGAGGACGAUGAUGGCUUCAUUAAGUACGAACACUUCGUCAAGACCCUUCUUGCCGGACCAUUCCCCGAGGAACAGAAGGACAAGUAAACGUCAUCUCCGACUCUUCGUCUCCGUCCCGUCCAUGUCGUGACUUCCGUACUACUCCACAUUUCGCCUCCAGUACGCCAUCAUUCUCCUCGGAUUGGUCGGAUUCGCGUCGUCAUCCCCCCUCGUGACGCAGCAUUCGCCAAAAUCACGCACGUGAUCACAUCCAUGGUUGCCAAGGCGGCCGAUGGACGUCGUUGUAUCUGACAAUACACUGGAAGAUAAAAAUUGUACACAUUGCGCACUUGCACUCACGUUCUGGAGUAAAAUAUUAGUUUCUCUUUAUUUCUGUUUACGAAGUGACGCGAAACGAUGUCAACAACAGCAAUACAAGUUAAUAAACUUACACCUUCUUGUA